UUUUCUAAGCAAUCACUGCCAGCAGCUACAAACUGAUUUCAAUAAACACGAAGAAAGAUCGCGUAAUCAUUUCAACAAGACAUGCCAUAAUUCAAGGAUGCAUUAAUAUAUACGUGCGUUAAUUUUUUGAAUAGACGUUUUGUGUUUGUGGUCGUUAAAUUUCACGUUGAAUGUCAUUUUUACAUAAUUCAUUUAUUUAUAUUAUUAAUAUAAUAUUUAACGAUCAAGCCGUACAGUGAGACGCCAUGCUCCUGUCAUUUUGUGACAAAUGUACUCAUUUUUCUAAUCUUUCUAAUGACUAAUAAUUGUGAAAAGGCCCAAUGUCUUUUUAAUUACAGAUAUUUCGAUUAAAAAGAGCAAUAACUAGCCCGCACCGCAUGCAGGCGACCGGCUGUAAAAGUUGCACCGCGUUGAGAGAUUUUUUUUUUUUGCCUGUAAAUGUGUCGCAGAUCUCUUCGCGGGCGGUUAGCUCCGAAUCGUUUACGCAAAGGUCGCGUUAAAAUUCGAAGAUCGUUAUUACGCGACGUGAUCGAUAUCAGAGCUCGGCAUAAUUCGAUAGCAAAUGCUCAUCAACUUCAUUUAGCUCUCCCCGGUGUCGAGUGACACACCAAUCAGCGCGCGCUCUCGCGGAGCGCGAGUCAGUCAGAAGCACGCAGGACCGCGAGCCCGAGGUGACUCCGAUAUUGCGCGGUUUAAAAUCGCGUUGGUCUGUGAGAUUCGAUGCGGUGCGGCUUUUUUUAGGAAAUACCUAUUCGAUCCCUAUCUCGCGGCCGUUUCUUUUAUCCCUGAUUAUUUUGGGAUGGAUCCGGUUCGAGCUCUUUUCGGUGCGCGGUGAACGUUCAAUGCAGCACUCGGACCAUCAUCGGGCUUUAUGGACUUGACCGUUAAUGAUGUCUAUGGGUUUCAUGUCUGAUACGCUGAAUAGUCCAGAUCCUUCCAAAUCGGCGUUUUUAGAGUUCGGCCACGGGCUUGCGAGCAACCAGCAGCAUUUAUCCGGAUUCGCGCACAACCUUUACCCGGUUCAUGGAUUGCACUCCGGCGGACACCUCCAGCACGACGCUCCCUAUCCUUCCAGCGCGUCCCAUUACAGCCGGCCGCUGGGAUACGCCUACCCCGGGCCGGUGAGCGCUCCCGCUGCGGGCGCCUACGUGCCUUACCAGCCAAACAACCACAGCAGCGCUCUGGCGCACGCGAGGGCCGAGGAGACGAACCACGAAAAGCCAGCGGUCAUUGAGAAUGGUGAAAUUCGCCUUAAUGGCAAGGGGAAGAAGAUCCGCAAACCGCGAACCAUUUACUCCAGCGUUCAGCUGCAGGCGCUGCACCAGCGCUUCCAGCAGACCCAGUACCUCGCGCUGCCCGAGCGCGCGGACCUCGCCGCGAAACUGGGCCUGACGCAGACGCAGGUAAAGAUAUGGUUCCAGAACAAACGUUCCAAGUACAAAAAGAUCAUGAAGCACGGCUCGAGUGGAGCAGAAGGAGAACACCUUCAAGCAGCUGCCGCAACACCGUGCUCACCAGGAAUGCCACCCCUGUGGGACGUUUCCAUGUCAAGCAAAGGUGCCCCCAUCCACUCUGGAGGAUAUAUGAACUCUUUUGGACACUGGUAUCCUGGUCAUCAUCAAGACCCAAUGGCCAGAACUCAGAUGAUGUGACGGGAUGUUUAGGACAGCCUAGUGUAUCUGCAUACCCUCUACUGAUUCAACCGAUUCGCUCUGUUUCAGAUCACGUCAGCCUUUUUAGCUCUGUUUACUCAAAGCCAAACUUUCUUCAAGUUCCCUUCCAGUAUUUUCUUCACGAAGAUUUACAAUGCUGACAUUUUUGCUUGCAGGUUUUUUUUGUUUUUUUUUGUGGUGGAUUCUUUUCAAAGACUGAAAAAGCAACCUAACCUAAAUGUGGAUUUUGUAAACUCUUGUAAAUUUGAAUAAAAUGCCAUUGUCUGACUGCCA